AUGACGCUUAAAGAUACAAUAAAUGGUGUGGUGAAGCCUAAGGCAUAUGACGAAGGCGACAAGACGGGACUGUUAAUUUCAGAGGAUGUUGCUAGAAAACCCGAACGAGCGGCAAUGCCCAAGAGUAGAUCUCGCAUCGAAAAUGUACAAGGUAAUGAUUUGAAUAUCGAAAUAAGCCAAAGGGAUAUUGAUAAGGCGGCAAAGAAAUAUCACAAAGAGAUGAGGAAUCGUCGGAGACAGCAAAAUGGGGGAAAUGAAGCUGCACAGCUACAACCUGGGUUUCUGCCUGCCUUGACGCAGGUUCUUUUCAAUGAGAUUCAGGAACAGCAUCAAGAAGUACAGCAAGAAGCACAGGCAGAAAUGCGUCCUAGAUCUCGUCUGCGAUCUCACCUGAAACAUCCGAAGCAUAGGCGGCCUCAAAUGGCCAAUCAUGAGCAUGGCCAACGUAGAGAGAGGCCCCGAGAGAGAGCGAACCAGGCUGAACAAGAGCCUUCUUCGAGGCGCCUGAAACAUCUGAAACAAUGUCCAGAAAGGUUCGUGAGGCACGUGGAGGACUAUGAGACGCUGAGUCACCAGCCAUUUCGUACUCAGGAAGAGCUGUUACAAGAAGCAGCCCAUAUACGGCUCGGAAAUCCGAUGCAACUGAGGUUGCAAGCUGAGCAAGCUCAAAUUGCAAAUGAUGAAUUAUCUCACAAAGCUCGAAGACGUCAAAAACAUGCUAUAAGACAGCAUACCUCGCUCGAGAACCCAGAACUAUCGUUGGAGUCUGAAGAAAGCGAUUCAAGACAAAGAUGUCAUAAAAACACAAGACAACACCAACAAAGCCCCGAAUCUACUCAAGAUACAAGUUCAAGACAGAGGCAUCAACGCAACCAUAGGCAGGUUCAGGGUCCACGGGGAGACCCACCGCAGUCAUCAGAAACAGUUUCAGUACCAUGUACGAGGCAUAAUCGACAAAGGCGCCCACAGGCAGGUCAAGCACAAAUUUGGGAACAAGGUUCAGAUACACCUUCAAGACAAAGACGUCAGCGUCAUCUUGCACAGCAACAUGGUCCACCAGAGAGUCCAACCCGAUCACAUGCAACAGAUUCAGAAUCCCGUUUGAGGCACAUUGUACAACAACAGAGUAUGCAAGUGCCAGAUGAAGGACACUUUGCGUUGCAUCAAGGAACAAACUUAGGGAUAAUACAAACACAUCUAGGAAAUCCUAUAUUAAAUGAUCUCGUAAACGAAGAGCUGCGAGCCAGUCAACGAAGACCCCGAGUUCACAAUUCACCUAGAAUAUUACAUCCGUGCGAUAGGGUUUCUUCCAGCGAGGAAAAUACUCCCCAAAACACCCCAAGCCAGGAAGAUCGCCCUCCAUCAGACGAAUACUACGCCGGUAACGAAGCUGAAAUACCCCCUUACCAUGCUACACUCCACAAAUAUUUAGAUUUGAUAUCCUACGAUCCUCGAGUGGUACCAUGUUUAAGAGUUAACAGAUCGCUAAUCAAAAGUAACGACAAACUAUCAGAGUCUAUCUUCCAAUUUCUGAAGUUCAAUUUAUUUCCAGAAUCGAUUGAUCCUUGGGAAAUAUCCCAUAUUGAUGAUCAACAUUAUGAUGAUCUUAUUCCUGAUUUAAUUCCGGUGGAAACUGACAGCAGCGAUGUUCUGCCAAAUAUACCUUACGAAUCUCAUUACAGGCAUGAUAAUAAUAUGGUGCCGCAAAUAACUAGCGAUGAUGACUACGAAUAUGCGCUAUAUUUAUCAACGCUUGAAAAUAAUGUACAUAAUUACGCCACGGGUAUAGGUUCCACCGUUAGAGGUUAA